AUGGUGUUUAUUUACUUUAAAGAGCCUGUGUACCAGGGGGUUCUGCGCUACAUGCUGUUCAUACACCUUUUGGUUAAUGAUUUUCUCCAGACAGCAUUAGUUGUGCUUCUCUUCCUCUUUGCAUUCUUUAAAGGCACCAUGCUCCUCUCUGUUUGCUCUGUAAUUGUGCUCCUAUCUUCGUGCACUAGCAUGAACACUCCACUAACUCUUGCAGUCAUGUCUCUGGAGCGAUACGUUGCCAUUUGUUUUCCUCUGCACCAUGUCCAGCUGUGCACGGUAAACAGAGGUUACAUCUCUGUCGCUCUCAUAUGGUUAAUAGGGAUACUGCCUUGCAUAAGCGACAUCUGCAUAGCUUAUGCAUACUGGCCUCCUGGCUAUUUCCAACGCUAUUUGAAUUGCAAACGCAGUGUAUUCAUCAUCCUUCCCUCUCAGAGCGUCAAGCAAGCCGCCUUUAAUGCUGCUUACUUCAGCAGCAUAUGGGCAGUGGUGAUCUACACGUACCUACAAAUUCUGCUUACUGCUAGAAAGGCUGCUUGUGAUAAGUCUUCAGCCUCCAAAGGUCAGAGGACCGUCCUGUUACACGGAGUGCAGCUCGUACUCAGCAUGAGUUUCUUUAUCUAUCCGCUCACUGAGUACUUCCUCGUGGGUCAGCCUCAAGAGGUCAUUAGACACGUCUCCUUUUUUAACUACUAUGUGACGCUGGUUCUUCCCAGAUGCCUGACCCCCCUGAUAUACGGCGUCAGGGAUGAGAAUUUUAAGAAACACCUCAAGCUGUACUUGUCUUCAUGUCGUAAGAAAGUGCAGCCUCUGCAGUCUAAUUGAAUUGUCAGUGCAGCAUGGGUUAACCAGUGGAAACACUGUGACCUCUGAGACCUGGUCUCAAUUCAACCACUGGACCAACACCACCUCCUUUCCAUUGGUUCAACCUGGGCCUAUCUGAAUGACUUGAGAUCUGUGUGAAACGGUAAUGUUAAAGAUGCUGUCAGCUCCUGUGUGUCUCAACCACUGAGCCUCACUGUUGACAGAAGCAGGCUCACAAUGAGGAAUGGACUGUGGCUGUACAGAAUGCAGGUCUAUGUAGAGUGUGUAUGUACUGUGUGCGCUAUAGCUGUUGAUUGCCUAGCUGGUUAUGUUGUGUGCUUGGGAAUGUGCAAGCUAUAUAUUACAACAAACACAAUAUUGAUGUCCCUUUGUCUACAUUCUAGAUUUAUAUUUUUGUCCACCUGAUAAAAGGUUCCAACACCGUGGGCUGUGCAUAAAAAGCAUAACCCGAACCCUAACCCGAACCCUAACCCUUGUAACUUUUUAAAGAUGCCCCAGUUGUCAAACAAUGUGCAAUGUAAACAUGCUGCAUUGAUUUAUUUCAAAGUACUCU